AUGAACAGUACCUUAUUCAAUUGUUCUUCUGUUCUUGAAAGACGGCCAUAUAAUGAUCAGGUUCUAAAUGGCCCCUGCCACAGCAACCUUGGCAAUCAAAUCUAUGCCGUUUAUGAUAACAACGAAAUUGAUAACCUCCGGUCUUGCACAAAGAUGCAUAAUGUUUUAUCAGUUCCAGUUUCAAAUUCAGACAGAUCUCUUAGUGUUUUGAGAUGGUCUACACCAAAUUGCACAGAAUGUGAAGCAGGAGGCAAGAAGUGUAUGCUGAAGAACAAUGGCACCAGAGUUGAAAUUGAAUGUGUUGACUUGAAGAAAGCAAGUGCAGCAACGAAAUUAGCGGCUACCAGUGCAACCCUGGGUUCAUUCGUCCUCUUACUACUGGUUGUUGCAGUCUAUCAGAUUUCUAGAGGAUUACAAGGUCUUCAAACCAAGUAUAGAUAUUCCCAUGCAGAUAUUAAGAGGAUUACAAAUCAGUUCACGGACAAGUUAGGCGAAGGAGCCUACGGAACUGUUUAUAAAGGAAAGCUUUCUUCUGAAAUCUUCGUUGCUGUGAAGGCCCUCAAUAGUUCUAACGGAAACGGGGAAGAGUUCAUAAAUGAAGUGGGAACAAUGGGCCAUAUCCACCAUGUCAACGUGGUUCGCUUGGUUGGCUUCUGUGCUGAUGGAUUUAGAAGAGCUCUUGUUUAUGAGUUCUUCUCCAAUGGUUCACUGCAAGAUUACAUUUCAUCAGUGGGCAACAAGAAUGGGUUCUGUGGUUGGGAUAAGUUGCAAGAUAUUGCCAUAGGCAUAGCCAGAGGCAUUGAAUAUCUUCACCAAGGAUGUGAUCGGCGAAUUCUCCAUUUUGAUAUCAAACCUUGUAAUGUUUUGCUAGACCACAACUUCACUCCAAAGAUAUCGGACUUUGGUUUGGCGAAGUUAUGUUCCAAGGAUCAAAGCACAGUGUCAAUGACUACAGCUAGGGGGACCAUGGGCUACAUUGCACCUGAAGUGUUCUCCAGGAACUUUGGAAAUGUGUCCUAUAAGUCAGAUGUGUGUAGUUUUGGAAUGCUACUGCUUGAGAUGGUAGGAGGAAGGACGAAUGUCAGUUCACCCACAGAGAACACAAAUGAAAUUUACUACCCUGAAUGGAUUUAUAAUCUUCUAGAAGAGGGAGAUGACCUACGAAUCCAUAUGGGUGAAGAAGGAGAUGGUAAAAUUCCAAACAAACUUGCAAUUGUAGGACUCUGGUGCAUCCAAUGGUAUCCAGUCAAUCGUCCUUCAAUGAAAGCUGUGGUUCAGAUGCUGGAAAAAGGAGAAAACCUAACCGUGCCUCCCAAUCCUUUUGCCUCUACAGGUGCCACACAAACAAAUGCGAGUAGGCCUGCAAGAAAUCUUAACAUUCAGUUAGAAGUGAUUCCUGAGUUGGAGUAA